CCACACAACAGUCCCUUCAGCUGCCCACCUGGCUGGACUCGUGUCACCCACACACAAUGAAGUGGACUGUGCUCCUGUGCCUUGUCAGCAGCCUGGGACUGGGAUGGGCUGUUCCACUGGAAGGCCUUGAAAAACUCACUCUGGAUUUCUUUCCCAACAACAGCAUGCUCUUAACAACCACCCUGAGUACCAACUUUAUUGUUAAUAUCCCAAAGUGUGUCUCUCCCUCAAAAUUCUCUCCAGCUAAAGUCAGAAUAGCAAUAGCCCAGCUUCCUGAUGCGACCAGCCCCACAGGUGUGACAGAUACUGAGCAGAUUGGAAAUCUCCGGAAAACACCUCAGGCCACCGUUUAUUUUGCUGGUGAAUUCAACAGUGUCUCAUGUAGGGUAGCCAGGGAUCUCCUGGUAAUGGAUAUGGAUGAUAGCCAAUAUGAGCUGAUCACAGUCAUAGGCUUCCAGGUGGGAGCAGAAUUUUGCCGCCAAACCAAAGGCCCCUUCUGCAAUCAACUGCUUAAGCCGUCCACGUUUUAUAGGGUUAAUUUCUUUCUUUUGGAUGACAAGUCUGAAAUAAGGGGCCAUACAGAUUGGUCACCAGCGAUACAGACAAGAAAUGUGACAAAUUAUGAAUCGGCUGAUGUGGUCUUUGAAGGGCGAGCUGGAGGAAUGAUUGUCAUCACCAUUCUGGUCUCGGUGGGUGGAUUUGUCCUCGUGGUUGCCUUAAUUGUAGCAGUGGCUCUUUCCAACAAGAAGUAAAACAUCUCUGACAAGUCAAGAGUUAUCUGUUUCUGGAUCAGCAGCAACUACAGAUAACUGUGGAAUUCUUUGAGCUUGGAGCAUCAGGAAUGUACUUCACUGACAUGUAUUAAUUCAAAGAAAAAAUGCUGAAAAAUUAGGAUCCAAUAAAAUUAUUUAUCAUUUAUCUCGUGAUGGC